GAGAAUCAAGAGAGGCAUAUAGCCUAUAGAUAGGGCCUAGCUAGGUCGAGGCAUAGCUUGGUUCCUGUGUUUGAAGAAGAUAAGUGCAUGGAGCAAAAAUUGACAGUAAAAUAAGAUAAAUUUUGGAAUCACCUACAUUAAGGCUUAUAGUGGUUCUACUUCAAACUUAAUCAAGGCCUUUUACUCUGCCAAGGGAUAUUAUCAAUGAGUAUUUUGUAGGUUCGAGUCUGAGUGUAUGUUCCACAAACUUAAUCAAGACCUUUUACUCUGCCAAGGGAUAUUAUCAAUGAGUAUUUUGUAGGUUCGAGUCUGAGUGUAUGUUCCAGAGACUACAGUAACACGAUUCCAACAUGGCUGAAAAUGAGCUGCAUCAAUCAAUGGGAGACUCAAAUAAAUGUCAAAUCUGUCUAGAAACACGCAAUGAACUAAAAACAUUAAAUUGCCAGCAUAGUUUCUGCUUGCGUUGUCUUCAAGAUUGGAUGAAUAAAAAGGGGGAAAUGGAGUGUCCCAACUGCCGUCAAGUACAGCGUAUUUGUGAGGGAGGGCUUAAAGAACUGCCUUCAAAAACAAAUAGUGAGGGUACUGCAGAGCAUUUAGUUGAAAGUCAUGGUGACAGGAAAUGCUACUGUGGUAAAGAAAAUGCCGAGUUCUUCUGUCAGGAUUGUAGACAGUGCGUAUGUUCCUUUUGCAAACAUUCUCAUGAUUUCUUGCCUGCUCUCAGGAACCAUACACUAGAACCAAUCAAUACCAACUGGCCAACAGAAGAGCCAGAACCACUUUGUCCACAGCAUGAGAGAAAGUUGGAGUUUUAUUGCAACAUUUGUAAAACACCGAUCUGCCAAAAAUGCACUGUUACAGAUCAUAGUAAAGAUGAAGGAGAACAUGAACCAAUCAGAACUUCUGAUGCAUUCAUUGAAUUUAAAUUAACAGCGAAUGCUUUGAUGGCUCAAGCUGAUAUCCACAAACACCAGACAAAUGUAGGUAUAAAGAAAUGUAAAGCAAAUAAUUCUGAACUUAGUAAGGGUAGAAUUUGUCUAAUAAAAGACAUCAACAACACAGUGGAGGAAAUUGUUAAAUUUGUCAGAGAAACAGGAAUGUCUUUGGAAAGGAAGUUGGAUGAUGUCUGUGAGGCAAAACAAGAGAAAAAUAACACGCAAAUUGAUCAACUCAAAUCAACAAUAUCAAGUGUUGAGGAAAAAGAAGAAUAUGUUGCAAAAUUAUUGAAAGGUGGUGAAGCAAGAGCUCUCCAAGCUUGUCAACAGGCAAUUAAAGAACUACAAGAAAAGAUUGCUGUCUUACCAGAGACAGAACCUAGAGAUGAUGGGAAGGUUUACUUCUCUUCAAACAAAGAUCGAAUAUUGAAUACAUUGAAGGAAAAGGGAAUUGGCCUAGGUAGUGUUACUGAAAAGCCAGAUGCAAAUAUCUUUGAAAUUGUACAAGGAUACCCAAAGACUGUUACACAUAAUCAACCUUUUCAUGUCAAAAUAGCUCAAAAUGUUAAAUGUGAAGUAGAUAUAAGGGACCUAAAGGCAAAAUGGGUAUUAAGUGAUAGUUUGGGUCACUAUGAUGUAUGUAGCAUGGUUGAGCAGACUCGUGAGAGAGGGUAUAUUGUAAAUGCAACUUACAGGAGAUCGUUAUGUACUAUCAUGAACUUGCAUGUUACAUUUUGUAAUGCCUCAAUAAAAGGCUCUCCAGUCAAAAUCAGUGUUGAAUCACAAGGUACACAGACUCUGAUUAACAACAUUGCUAACAUUGAAAAGGGAAUCAGCAGGUUAUUCUGGUCUCAAAAUGGUUACUUUAUAUUGAGUUGCUACACAAAUGAAAUAUUUAAAUUUACAAAUUCAGGUGCAUAUAUCAGUAAAAUAAAAUUAUCACAGAAAACAAGAAUUAGUGGAAUUUGUGAGUUGAAAAACAACAACCUCAUAUUUUGUGACUCGGGUAGUACAAACAUAACAAUUUGCAAACAAAAUGGCCAGGUGAUUAAAUCCAUAUCAACUGGUCUGGCAAGUCAAAAUUCACUAUCUGGUAUUGAUGUGAAUGAAGCUAUAAAUUUAGUAUACGUUGCUGAUCCAACUGCGAAUUGUGUAUAUGCAUUUGACAUGGAGAGUAAUUGUAAGGUGAAGACUAUUGGAUCUAAGGGUUGUCUGGAAGGACAAAUGAAUGAGGUUUCUGAUGUUGCUGUCAUAAAAGAUGGAAAUCUUAUUGUGGCGGACAAAUCAAGAAUUCAGUUAUUUGACAAAGACGGUCAAUUCAUAAACCUUCUUAUUGGUGGUGGCGAAGAAAUUGGAAUGGUGAUUAAGCCUUUUAAAGUAGUUGUUGAUUAUGAUGACAACAUUAUAGUAGCAAGUGAAGGAAAGGUACAGUUAUUUGAUAGUAAGGGAAAGUUUGUUAAAGUACUUUAUGAAAACUUAAAGAGGAAAUUUACUACUUAUGUAAUGUCUGUUUUCUCCCAAUAUCCUCGAAGUCUUGCAUUAGCAGAAUUAUAUUCAAAUAAAAUUGAUGUAGUCCAUUAUUAGAAUUUAGAGUACUAGUGUAUCAUUUGACUAGGCCUACUUGAUUUAUUGGAGUACGGUGAUAGUAAAAAUUGAUAAUCCAAUGUAAAUGUGGAUGACCAGUCAUAGCAUCCUGUACUCUGCAGUAUUCAGAAUUAAUAUUUAAAUUAGGCUUACGAAGGUUGAACAUUUAUUGUUUUCAAACUAUCCUGAUUGGAAUCUGUGAAGUAUUUAAUAUACAUUAUGGCGUUCAUGGACCCAUGUCAAAAGCUUUAACUGACCUCCAAGCCCAAGUUUACUCAUUGUCGAUAUUCCAUCCAUAAGACUAUAGACUGAAGAUGAUUUUUGCCACAAAAUUAUGUUAUAAUUUAAUUGGUGAUCCACUUCUCGAGCGGAUCACCUCUUGUUAUUGUACUGUCUCUUCUUUUUUUCUUAUUCUUCUUUCUUUCUCCGUAUUUUUGUUCGCACGAUAUCUCAAAAUUGCUACGAGGUACGCAGACGAUCGUUUCAUCGAUCAUUUUGGCAUCGCCUGGAAUAGACAUGGUGAGGUUUUCAAGGUGACCAGUCAUGCGUGAUAUCAGCUACGCGCAAUUUUGCGUUUUUACAUUAUCGAUCAUAUCAGCCUAACCAAUUGCCAUUUUGAAAUCGUAAUUAGUGAGCAUUAACUUCAGGUCAAUGUUGAAGGUAAUUACCCUAAUUUUACGAUUGCGCUUCAUUACGCGCAAAAAUUUCAAAAUGCUCGAAAUCACUUUUUGACUAAAUUAGAGCACGUUUCAGGCCAUUUUGAGCAUUUGAAAAUUUUUCAUAAUUUUCAACUACGCGCUCGCACU